CUUUCUUGUCGCUGUGAAGUGCAGUCCAAUUAUGUAAUAAUGAGUAGAAAAAGUAUUCGUGAAGUACAACAAUCCUUUGCCGAAUCGCUUGGAUUUGGUAAUGAGACCAUCUGGGAUCUUUUGUCAAAUAGACAAUCCGAAAUAUUGAAAAAAAAGAUCCGCACCCUUAUUCCUGAUCCUGAAAAAAAUGACAAACAAUGUGCAGUUUUUGCCAGAAUACGUCAAACUUUAUUCGAUGCAGUUUGGGAACAACGAAAAUACACAAAUCGCCAGUCGUUAACAUCGAUCUUUUAUGUGCUGGUUGCCACCGAUGAGGCGAAUCACAAUCGAGCUAUGAAUUCCACAAAAUGGUCUUGUCAUCCUGUUUUUCGUACACGUCGCUGCGUUUCCGAUAUCAAUGGACGCUGCAACAACAGCGUCGAUUGCUGCAUGAUUUAUGUGGAUGAGAAUGGUCGCGUCUAUCAGAACUGGGAGUCGUACUUGGAUAACAACGAGUUGCCCGAAGGGAUUAUGGUGGCACCUCGCCGAGGUGUCUACAAUCUCACAUCGAAUGGUAGUGUUAUAUUGCAAUCAAGGCAAACGCCAGCAGCGGGAGCAGCUCGCCAAGUACUUGGCGCCCUAGACACGGCUUCGGCAGUGGGUGGCUUAGGAGCAACAGCUGUGCCCGUCAUUGGGUUGAUGUGCACAGUCGCUGCCCCAAUUGUGCUUACAGCUUCAAUUGUUGGUCUUGCUUGUGCUGGCUAUUCGACGAUACGAGCUGGUGCUCAGCUUGUCGAUCGCAGCCAGCACGAACAGUCGAUCAAUCUGACAGAUCGCACGGCACGCGGUCAAUGGCUGGGCGUGGUGGGCGGUGUUGUUGGUCUUGGGGCAUCAGGUGCCACAACAGCGGCGACUGCGGCCACAAAUGCAGGUAGACGAGUGGGAACAGUUGCUCAGUGGACUGUCAACGGCAUGAACAUUUCAUCCAUUGCGAUGUCUGCUACGGGCAUAUCGAAUGGCAUCAUCGAUUUAUUACUGAAACACGACGAUGGCGACGACAUAUCCGCCUUGGAUGUGUUACAGUUGUCUGCUUCUCUUUUCCUAUUCACACACAGUCUCUACAAUUUCCAGCUGGCAUCGAGCAUCAUCGAUGACACGUCCAACGAACGUAUAGGAUCGUAUCGAAAGACGCUAAGCAAUCGACAGAGACGGAUGUUUGACAAGAUGGUGAAGGAGACGACUCGCAUAAAGGGCGUGCGUCAGGCCAACGUGGACAUUAUACGCAAUGUGAACGAUAUACCGUCGCGUCAGCAGUUCAAUGAUCUGUACAAGAUCAACACCAAAUUGAAAGAACGUGACAUUAUUCCAUCGUUUGCAGCUAAAGGCAAGGGAGUUCUACUCAAUGGCCAAGUGAUCACAAAUGCAGCGGAUUUGCGUGCCAACGUACAGCAUAAUGUCGGACCCGAUAUCAUCGCCCGGGUGACGAAUCCCAAACCGGAAACUUUUCAAGGUUCUCGGACAAGUGGCAAUAACGCUGCAUUUCGAAGCAGUCGUUUUUUAAAUGGACCUAUACGAAUGAGACAACGAAAAACGAACGGAGAAAACGACUGUUGCGAAGGUCUGCUUCCAACAUGUGAAUUGGCAGCAGAAGCUGUCUUAGUUUUACCCGAACUCUGUGACGAAAAGUCUGGCGAUAGUAUUAUUAGUGAGGAAAGCUACAAUACACUGUUACUAUUGUCCGAUAAAUUCGACGAUGAUACAAUGCACUUUGUUCUCCAGUUGACAGCUACAUUUCUUAAGAGAUAUAGAGAUGGUCUACAUGAGAAGCUUCAGUUUUAUAUAUCUUCAGAGUCAGUGCUUUAUAGGAUUGGUACUCAUAUACUGGACAAGUAUCGCUCGUUUACUGUAGAAAAACUGAAAAUGAUCGAUGAUGACAUAAUGGAUGCCAUCUAUGAAUACUUCAUAUCAUUAAAUCCCAACAAUUAUCGGGGUAAAUUAAAUAGGUGUGAUGUCUGCAAAAAUUUCUAUAAAAUUUGCGAAUUGUGAAAACAAAUAUAAAAUCUAAAAUAAUAUAUGUAAAAUUUCAGUUUUACCAUCCCAUCAGCUUACUGGUAAAACUGUUCAAAAUAUUAGACCGUAUAUUUUUGCCCAGUCUAUUACCGGUGCUGGAAGACGGCAACUUAAUCCAAUUUGGUUUUAGGAGUCAACAUGGAAUCUCGGAGCAAUGCCACAGAAUCUCACAAACGAUAUUGAGUUCAUUUGAAGAAACGAAGUACUGUUCCGCAACGUUUCUAGAUGUAAAACAGGCAUUCGAGCGUGUCUGGCAUUCAGGCUUGCUUUACAAGCUCAAGUCCAUCCUAUCAGCCCCAAUCGUCCUGCUGCUAAAAUCCUACUUAUGUAAACGCCUAUUUUAUGUUAGAUGCGAAUGGGCCGAGUCAGAAAUCUUCGAAGUAAAUGCAGGUGUCUCCCAGGGAAGCGUGUUUGGCCCUAUCUUGUAUACCCUUUUCAUUGCAGACAUUCCAGUGCUUGAAAGAGAAGAUCUCGAUAUUGCAACAUACGCAGACGACACAGAAUUUUUUUCAUGGAGAAGCAUCAGCAAUCCUGGAACUACAACUCACAAAACUGGAACCGUGGUUGCUAAGAUGGAAUGUCGUCGUCGACGAAAGCAAGUCAGCGCACAUAACAUUCGCAACCCGCCCUAAAAGCUGUUCGGAGGUCCGACUCAAGGGAACUACACUGCCUGCCACUUGACAGAAGACUAAGCUGGACAGAACACAUUAAAACAAAAAGAAAACAGCCGAGUCUGAAACUUCGGCAAAUGAGGUGGCUGCUGGGCUACAGAUUCCAACUGAGCCUUAGAGUCCUGUUGUACAAAGUGGUACUCAAGCCCAUAUGGACGUACGGGAUUCAGAUGUGGGGCACAGUCUCAACUUUUAACAUCUAAAUACUGCAACGCUUCCAAAACAUUACUCUGCGAAGACUAGCCAAAGCACAUAUCUAUGUAAGAAACCAGGUGAUCCACUAGGACCUUGACAUUCCAAGCGUAACCGAAGAGGUUUAAAGGCAUGCUUUCAAAUACCAGGAGAGACUUGAUCGACACUGCAACCCGCUGGCCGUUAACCUGCUUGACAAUAGCCAACAUCGCCGACGUCAGAAAAGGCACCACCCCCCCUUAAUCUUCCCUUUAGGCCACCCAGGGAGUGGUAGUAAACUUUUCUUGUAAAUAUCCACUAUAUGUAAAAUAAAAAUAAAAGUAUUCUGUCAUUCCCUUCGCCAGCAGUCACACCUCUGAUGCAGUGAGUAAGAGGCUGCGAGCACCUGGCUCUACCAACAACAACAAUACGAACAGCAGCAGACAUCGACAGAGAGCAACGGUUGCUGGAACUGCCAGGCGGCAUCUCGUCGUUGCUCUCAUCGAUAGGAGGGAACCUAUCGGGAAAAUGUCUGCAGAGCGGGGGCGAAUGGAGAAUGCCAAUGCCAGACAGCCCAAUGCCUACCUUGGAAGGCACGGGUUGGAUGAAUGGAGAAAAGAUCCCGACAUUCAAGGACGACCAAACUGGACUGAUUAUCGAAGGGGGUCACGUUGGACGUGGUGGACAGGAAUAACAUUCCGUCCAUGCCGAAGGCAAAGUUCCUGCUCUCUGUGCAGGGCGAGCGGGCGCUUCAGCUGCUUAAGAAGCAGAACCCGGACAUUCCGACGAGUGAUGGGUCCGUGCUGAAGGCUGAUGAACCUUUACCCAGUGAUGGGUAGCACGUGAUCAUACAGAUCAAUAAGGAGGCCAAGGAUCUGCUGUACAAGCGCAACGGAAAGAUGACAUAGGGCUUAGGGAGCACACGCUGUACCUUCGCCUCAAAAGCGCCAUCUGAAAAAAUAGACACACACUCGUUGAGGUCUUGGAAAAUAAAGGUUGAGAGAGCAUGACCGACGCCACCCUGCACCUCAACUUGACGGGCGAGAAGGAGGAGCUGUCCAUGCAGACGGGCCCCCCUCGAGUUUGCAACCCUCGAUAACGAAUUCGGCAAAGCUUCUUCUCGCUCUAGAGGAAGGGUCCGCCUACGCGGCUUUAGUUCAUUAACCGUGGAUAGCGUCGUGCAACACGGUAGCAAUCUAUACGUCCCGACAAUGCACUGACGAUCUAACCAUGGUGGUGCUGGAGAGCUGUGAAGGAUGUAUUCUUCUAGCAUCCUGCUACGUGGCCCACGACGUACACGCUCCACCGAAAAAGCUGCGGAGAUUGGUGGACAUGGUCAUAAGUUCGCUGC